ACUUCAGGUAAGCCCACCAAGCCAAGCCAUAUUGUUUGUGUUUUGAGUCUUGACGUUGUGGUGAAAUGCUGUCCUUGAUGUUGAGAGGUAGACCAUUGAAGCAGCUGUACUAAGUGAUGUCAAGUUACCCUAAUUACUAAUACAAUGAUGUCUGGAAAAGGUGUAAAGAAAAAAGAAUUGCCCGCCACCUCCACUGAUGUUUAUGAUUUAGAGCAGCAGUUUGUCUUGAGGCUUCCUUCGGAUGCUGCAGCAAUGCUUCAUGAAGACCUUAAGGACACAUCAACUGUACAGCUAAAAGAUAAGCUCAGCAUUGAGAUGGACCCAGACAUGAGACAUGGAAGAGUCAGAUACGGUCCAGAUAUUUUCUUUGCAAAGCUUCUUGAUCUUCCAUCCAUCAUUGAGUCUCUGAAGACCCUUGACAAGAAAACUUUUUACAAGACCUCUGAUGUGUGUCAGAUGUUGGUGUGUAAAACAGAGGAGGACUGGACUCAAGAUGAAAAUGAAAGCCCCAGAAAGAAAGACAAAGACAAGAAAUAUGCAUGGAAUCAUGGACUUACCCUGCCCUUGAAGAAUGUAAGGAAGAGAAGAUUCCGCAAGACUUUGAAAAAAAAGUACAUGGAACAGCCAGAAAUAGAAAAGGAAGUGAAGCGGCUGUUCCGAUAUGACGCUGAAGCUAUUGAUGUGAAGUAUGAGAUCAUUGUUGACGAUGAGAAAUCUUUAUCUGAUUCUGGGACGUCACAGACCCUGGAUGCGUCUGCCUCUGUUUCCACCUCUCAGGCUCACCUGACUCGAACGGAGACUAGUGCUUCUAUGGAUGUUGCAUCAUUUUUUGGUGAGCUCAGCUCUUCAGAGGAGGAAGAAGAAGAGGACAAAGAUGUCAAUAUUAUGGACAGUGGUGAGGAUGAGUCCAGGGGGCCAACGACUCCGAGGAGAAACUUUGACCAAAGUAUGUCAGAGAGCCAAGACACGGGAAUGAAUGACACUGUAACAGCUGAACUUCAGGAGAAAUUAAAGGAGUUGGUGAAACAGUUGGAAGAGAUCCGGGAGAGGAGAAGUCAUCAGGAAGACCAGCUGGCCACUCAAGAGGAGGACACGCUCAAGGAUGAGAUGCAGGAGGCCUUCAACAAACUGGUUCAGGAAGAAAAUGAAAAGGAGAGAGAGUUGGAGAUACUGUCAGCAAUGUUGAAUCAGUGAAGCGUUCUACAAGAGUAAAGCAUCAAAGGAAGGACCAGAUCUCUAGCUGUGUUACUGAUUCUAAAAUACAGUUGUUUUUGUCAAUACAAGGAAAAUAAACUUUGGAAAAUAGGUAUAUAGAUAUAUCGAA